GUCGGACUCUCCCGGCAACACUUGAACGCACCCCGACUCCGUUGGUGGGGAUCUCAAAAGUGACAAAAAAAAAAAUCUCUCUAGUGUGAUUUUAUAUGAUGAUGUUGUUGCUCAGGUGGAGAUGUGGAACCAAAUUUGAUUAUAAGACGAAUUAUUUAAAUUCUGUGAGAACAUUUCCAAAAAUGGUUCAGUCGGACUGCCCGCAGCACUGAGGCAGGAGGAAGAGGAGGCAGGAGGAAGAGGAGAGAGGAGGGGUUCAGGGGGAGCCAGAUGAUGCUGUCAGUGAAAGGAGGAGCAGCAGCAGCAGCAGCAGCAGCGCACCGAGCUCCUCUCCAUCAUCCCAUGUGCCUGGAAGAAGAAGAGAAAAUGGGAUCGGAACCAGACAUGUGCUACUAGAACGCAACCGCUGUGUAGUUUCUAUUAAAUAACCGUGGAAGAAGACGGAAAUUGGACUAUUUUAUCACUCUUCUGGAAAAAUGCUCCCCUGCUCAGCGUCCGUGCAGAUGGAGGGAUGUGAGGGGGAGAGGGACACGCACAUGCAAACAGAGUGCAACAGACUGACGGAGGAGAGAGACGAGGCCGAGAGACAACUGAAACACAUCAAGCGAGUGUCUCAGAUGGUGAUAGAGGAGGUGAGCGUCUUGCAGACUCAGCUGGAGAUCGAGAAGUCGUGCCGGGAGAAUGCAGAGGCCCUGGCCACAAAGCUGAACUGUGAGAACAGGAAGUUGAAGUACCUGAGCAUGUCGUCUCGUCCGUGUUUGGACGAGCUGCUGCCCAGCAUCUCAGACUGCAUCGCACUGGACGCUGACUCGGACGCAGACACGGCAGACGGAAGCCCCGACAACUUUGCACAGUACCAACAGCAGGUUAAAGAGCUGAGGGACACCGUGAACACUUUAUUGGAGGAGAAGAAGAAUUUUGUCUGUCAGAUUCAUGAACAGCAGAGACGGAUAGAAGAGCUGACUUCACAGUCGGAGAAAGAUCAGGCCGAGAUGAAGGAGCUUCGUGAAACUGUCACACAGCAAAGUAAAACCAUCAAGAGAUUCAACAGAGUGUCCACGAUGGCAGCCCAGGAGUACGAUGGGAUGAAGGAGCAGCUCGACUUGGAGCAGAGCCUCAGAGUCAAAGCUGAGACUUACGCACAUGAGAUGCUGGUGAAGCAGAAGGAGGCCAACAGACAGAGUAUGCUCCUGCUGCAGAAUGCUGAGCCCAGCGUUCAGCUGCUGAAAGCUCUGGAGGACGUCGCUGCCGUCACCAAAACCCUGGAGGAGGAGCGUCUGCAGCAUCAGCAGAAGGUGGAAAGCCUAGAGACCCAGCUGGAGCAGAGCUGUGUGAAGAAGCAGCUGGAGGCUCUGCAGAUGCAGCUGGAGCUGAUGGAGCUGGAGAAGAAGGAGGCAGACGUGCGACUGGAGAAGGCAGAGAAGAAGAAUGUAGAGCUGGAGAACAGAGUCCACGAGCUGCAGGUGGAGACCCAGAAAAACAUCACCAUGACGACCAGCACGGAACCCCCUCCCCCUGAACCUGGGGUUGCGCCGCCUCCUGCCCCUCCCCCACAGCCGCCUCCUCCACCUCCUCCUCCCCCUCCACCCCCUCCCCCACCUCCCCCCUCGAGAUGCAACCCCCUCAGCUCUCUGAUCGCCAUCAUGAGGAAAUCUUCAAAAGGCUCUAAAGCCUCAGUGAAGGCGGAGCAGCCUCCAGCUGCUGAGGGUGUGGACGAAGUGAAGUCAAAGGCGGUGAAUGAAAUGAUGGAAAGGAUCAAACACGGCGUCGUCCUGCGGCCUGUUAAGAGUCAGGAGAGCAAGAGAGUAGCAGUAAAACCUCCUCCAAUCUGUGAGGAGAAACAGCAGGAGAGUGCCAUGGAAGAGCUGAAAGGCAUACUGGAGACGGUGAAGAGGAGCCCCAGCCGAGGAUCUCAGGAGUCGGGGCCAUCCCCACCUGGGAAGAAGGACAGCGAGCUGGAGGUGAUCCUGAGACGCCGACGCAACAAAGCAGGGGAAGCUGGGUCUGGAGAUGAGCGGGACGGCCAGAUGAGCCACGUCUCCUCCUCAGACAGCCUGAAUGGGAGGCGCACCAGCAGCGACUCGGGCAAGGAUCCAGAGGGGCCCGGUGGGCUGAACGUACCCUCCGAUUCUGCUGGUCCCAGGAUUAGCCUUGAGAGACGGGGGUCAGGACCGGGGCCCGUCGUGGCCAGGAGGAAGAGCUCAGACACCGGCAAAGAGCCCAGAGUGGGCUCCUGGCAGGAGAGGAGGUCCUGCAGCUCCCUGUCUGAGAAGGAGACGGCAGAGUCUCCGGUCAGCAACGGUUGCAUCAUCAGCGUGGUAGAGGCUGAUCAGAAUGAGAAGUGCGUCCAGUCAAACGGAGUGGAGCACGCCGAAUCCGCUGAGGACGCACGCGCCGCCAUCUGCACCAGCCCGGUCAAUGGCAGCACUGACGCUGAGUGCUAGGAUGGACUCUGAGGAUCCCGAGCGUGUUUCUGUUAUCUGAUAUGUGCUUUUUUUUGCCUGGAAGGUUUAGGGUGUGAUCACGUUUGCCUUCCGUAUUUGUGUUUUUCAGAUUUACACUAACUAUUCAAAAAGUAACAGUUGUCAGUUAAGAAAAGUGACUAACAUGUAGCUAACUCAUUGAACUUAAGUUUUGUUUCAAGCAUUUACUGAAGAUUUUGCAUCUCUCUACAGCAUGUCGACACAGCUCGAUACAGUAAGUGCCCAUCCAGAGUUUGGGCAUGCUGCAGAUGAACAGUUCAGAACAUGCUUGGUGUGAACGCACCCUAACCAUCUUCAUUGUAGAAGCCCCACCUCAUUAAACAAACUGUAUCUGUCGCUCAGAAGUUGAUGAGGAAUAUUCAAACUUUUAUUCUAGUCAGUCUGCCAACUGGCUGCUGGUGGUAGCGCUGAUAGACACAUGGUUUAUCCAGUCACCUGUAUUUUUAAGUAAGUGCCUGCCCUUUUCCAAACACUUUCUUAUGGAGCCUUUCCAGGUGGUUCUUGGUGGUUAGUAUAAAGUAGUAAAAUGGAAAAACACA